CUCCAUAAUAUCUAUCUUAAAUAUCAACACUUUAACAUUACAUUUCACUCAAGACAUUUAAAACAUCAAGUUUUAAGUUUUUAGGUUCAUAUAAUAUAACCAAAAAAUGGCUCUCCAAGCUUCUUUGCUUCCUUCUGCCUUGUCCAUCCCUAAAGAGGGAAAAUCUACUGCAUCAUUCAAGGACUCUAGCUUAUUUGGGGUAUCUCUGUCAGACUAUGUCAAAGCUGACUUCAGUUCAUCUGCUUUGAGAUGCAAGAGAGAAUGCAAUGCAACAAGGGCAGCAGGGCCAAUCAGAGCACAAACCUCGGCAGUGGCGACACCAGGAGUAACUAAAUCAUCAUCAGAGCAAAAGAAAACUCUAAGAAAGGGUAGUGUUAUUGUCACCGGUGCAUCCUCCGGUCUAGGACUUGCAACUGCGAAAGCAUUAGCCGAGACAGGAAAAUGGCAUGUAAUCAUGGCGUGUAGGGACUUUCUUAAGGCCGAAAGGGCGGCUAAAGCUGCAGGAAUGUCAAAGGAGAAUUAUAGUAUAAUGCAUCUUGAUCUUUCUUCUCUUGACAGUGUUAGGCAUUUUGUGAACAAUUUUAGGCAAUCAGGAAGUCCCCUUGAUGUGUUGGUUUGUAAUGCCGCUAUUUACCAACCUACUGCUCGGGAUCCUUCCUUUACUGCUGAAGGCUUUGAGCUCAGUGUUGGGACUAAUCAUCUUGGCCAUUUCUUGCUCUCGAGGUUGUUGCUUGAGGACUUGAACAAGUCAGAUUAUCCUUCUAGGCGGCUCAUUAUUGUCGGAUCUAUUACAGGUAACACGAACACAUUGGCCGGGAAUGUGCCACCAAAGGCCAACCUAGGAGACAUGAGGGGGCUCGCCGGUGGAUUGAAUGGCCUAAACAGCUCUGCCAUGAUAGAUGGUGGAGAUUUUGAUGGGGCCAAGGCAUACAAAGACAGUAAAGUCUGCAACAUGCUUACCAUGCAGGAGUUUCACCGUCGCUACCAUGAAGACACCGGAAUCACCUUUGCUUCACUAUACCCUGGCUGCAUUGCCACUACUGGCUUGUUUAGGGAACAUAUCCCCUUGUUUAGGGCUCUUUUCCCUCCAUUCCAAAAGUACGUCACCAAGGGCUAUGUCUCCGAAGAUGAAGCAGGGAAAAGACUUGCUCAGGUUGUCAGUGACCCGAGUUUGACAAAGUCUGGUGUAUACUGGAGCUGGAACAAGGCUUCGGCUUCAUUUGAGAACCAGAUGUCUCAGGAAGCCAGUGAUCCUCAGAAGGCCAAGAAAGUCUGGGAGAUCAGUGAAAAGCUAGUUGGUUUGGCAUAGAAACUUAAGCAGAUGUCACAUUGCCUAGCUCCUCUGCUAACUUUGUGUGAUUGGGAGAGACGAUAGCAUCGAAAAAUUCCGGGGUUUCAGAUAGAUGUGGUGUCAUUGGGAUUAUGAGCAGCUUGUAAGAAAACUUUUCCUUUGUAAGUAGUUCAGUUGAUUGUGAUUCGUAAUAAAAAUCUACUAAUCCCCUUUGGCAAA